AUGCAAGAAGAAAUGGACGCCUUAAUAGAGAACAAUACAUGGUCACCGGUUCCAAAACCCCAAAAUAAACAGAUCAUAAAUAAUAAAUGGAUAUUCAAAUUAAAGUUGGACGAAGAAGGAAAUCCAUUAAAGUACAAAGCUAGAUUAGUAGCUAAAGGAUAUACCCAAAUAAAAGGUUUUGAUUAUUCUGAUACCUACUUACCUGUAGUUAAUAUCAUUACAAUACAAACUUUACUUGCAAUAGUAAAUCAAAGGAAUAUACGCCUCAUUCAGAUGAAUAUGACUACAGCUUUUCUCAAUGGUAUUUUAGAGGAAGAGCUUUACAUGAUACAACCUGAUGACCAAGAAAAUAGUUUGGUUUGCAAACUACAUAAAUUACUCUAUGGUCUUAAACAAUCUUCAAAUUGUUGGAAUAAACGUUUUAAUAAUUUCAUAUGUCAACAAGAUUUAGCAAGAAGCAAAUCCGAUCAAUGUUUGUAUGUAAAAUUGAAUGAUGACAAUAAUUUGUAUUUAUUGUUGUAUGUAGAUGAUGUGUUAAUGGCUGGUAAUUCAAUGAAGGUGAUCUUCUAAUAAUAAACAGUUGACAGUUUUUAUGCCCAUGGGCUUUUCUAUUACAUUAACGUAACUUUACUUUUAUUUGAUGAUUAAUGAUUCAAUAAAAUAAUUCUUUAUUCUUCCCAUAAAAACAUGUGUUUAUUUAUUUAGAUGAAUGUCAUUUUUCCGUUUUUCCCCUAAUAACCCCUUCCACCUUGAGGUGUGCCUGAUGGGACUGAAUAUGUAGAAGACCUGUAAUCAGGCAUGUAGCCAGGGGGACCUAGGUGGGCAGAGCCCAUCUUUAAUUUACUCUAGGCCAUGGUUGCCCUCCCAAAUUCAAAAUAUAAUUAUUUUUACCACAUUAUUAAAAAUGUGAUUAUGCACAUUGAAAUAGAUCUAUUGUGAUUACUACUAGGUAAUGCAAUUAGUAUAUUCGUGGAUAACAUCAUCAGAAAAAGAUAAAUAAUAGAGUCUUGAUAAAAAUACUUGUUUUAUAGACAAUAAUAUACUUAGACUAGUUCUAUAUAAGGGCAGAACUAAAAAUUAAUUAUAACAUUAAAGUAAACAACUUGAUGAAUUUAAUUGAAUUACUUGAAAAGUAUAAGUUUGGGUUCAAUGAAACCUAUAGACUAGCCAUUAUUAUAAUAACUUGUCCAGUAUUUAGUGCUGCCAAAGAACUUUUUCAUGUCUGAGACAACUGAAAAAUUACAUGAGGAAUUAAAUGACAAAUGAUUGUUUAAGUAAUUUGGUUUCAAUAAGCUUAAAAAAAAAAUUUCCAAGAACCUUGAUUUAGAUAUUUUUGUAUAAUUGUUUUCAGAAAAUCAUAAAAACAGACAAAUUAUUUUAUAUUGAAUUGUUUAAUAUUUUUAUAAGUACUCAUAAUUGAUAUUUACUGUAUUAUUAAUAUUUUCUACUUGUAUUGCAUGUAGUUUUUUAAAAACUGAGUUGUUUAAAAAUUAUAGUUUAUUUAAAAAUCAAUUAUACAUAUUAUUUUUGAUUAGUAUUGAGCUGUAAAUUAAUUUUUGUUAAUAGAAGUUGAGAAAUUUAAUCAAUUUAUAUUGUAAAUAUGUAGGUAGAUUUAUUUUUCAUAGUAUGAAAAAUUUAUCCUAAAAGUGAAGAUUAGGUAAUUCUUUUUUUUUUUUAAUCAGGUACUUUUUUUUUAUUACUGUAAUGGGUAUACUCGUGAGAUUAUUCUCGCACGAUGUCGAUCUUUGUCGUUUUAGGAAAUUAUUUUACGGUUAAACACACACGAGACAUGACACUUCCUGUAAUGAUACAAUAAUUAAAUACAUCACGGUUUUUUAAAUGUUCAUUGUAUACUUGAAUUCUUCCGAGUUUCUUUCAAGUUCUUAUUUUUUCAAAGAAAUACACGAUUCGUAAUCUCGAAGACUGAAUAGAAUGUAGACGGAGCCGUUCUUUUGAUCGUUUAUUUUGUGCCCAUUGAACAAAUAAUAAUAUUCAUCUGUAUAUAUAUACAUAUAUUAUUAAUUAAUAAAACGGAUUCAUCACACGGUAAAACUGUUAAUUUUACGAGACCGAAAUAGAAACCGUUUGUAUACAACUUUCAUACCAGAAAUUUUGUAUCGAUCAUAGACUUCAGGGUUGGUUUUUGGACUGCGAAGGUGUUGUUUUUUUAAGAAAACUUGGAAAACGUGUCGAAAAACUUGGAAUAUUUAUACGCAAUAAUGGUUUUAGUUAUUUUUGAUUAGGUAUUUAUUUUCUUAUAACAUCUUAUCGAUACUUUUUAUAUUACCCUUUUAUAGACGUGGUUGAAUUUUUAAAACAUUCUGACGAAUUUCGGGCUAUUUAUAGCCAUUUAAAUUUUUCAAGUUUUCAGUUAUUAUUUGACAUAAUGUUCAUCAUAGAUUGUAUUAAUAUGGCAUUGAACGCAAUGAAGUUAAAAAUCUGAAGUCACGAUUUUCUUUUAUAAGCGUGCAAAGUUCAAAUUUUAUAAAAAUCACGGCAUUUUGCGUAAAUGAAAAUGUUACGUAAACUUUUGGUUUCAUAAAAAUGUUCAAUUCACGGUAAAUGUUAUCCGAAUUUAUUCAGAAUCGUUUUUUGUUAGCAAUAAUUUUUUUUUAUACUUCAUGAAAUCUGUAAACAUUUCAUUAAACUCAUGAUAUUUUUGUGAAAUGGAUACCUAUUAAAAUUUGACAUAGUGAAAUUUUAUUGUUCUCAUUGUUUUGCUGUCCUGUUUAUUCGUGAGUAAAAUAAAAAAUGAUAUGAUAUUAUGUUGAUUAUUUUUGUUGUUUUUUUAAACAUUUUACUUUUAUCGCACGUAAUCAUUGAAUUAUUUUAAAGUUUGGUAAUUUUGCCGUUACUCGACAAGAAAAUGAACUAAAACCAUCCGUUUUUUCCCUUUGUCCUCACAGCUUCUAUGCACCACACAUAUGUAUCGUUUAAUUGUCCUUUGGAUGCAAAUCAUUUAUAUGAUAUGUAUAUUAUUCUAGAAAUCGAACAUUUCGAUUAGAAUACGCAUAAAUUAUUAGGAAAUGCGCAAUAAUGUAAAUUAUAAUGUUUAGUAAACUACUCAAAACUGGAAUACACGUUACACGUGAAAAUUUGCUUUGAAAUGUGUCAUCUUGACUAAGUUCUGGUUUUAGUUAGUUUCGAUCGGUGAUAUUCUUCUGACACGAUAUCGAUACUCCACAAGAUAGUUCGACACGCGUUCACUAUAAUAAGUUACACUCAGAGUUUUGUGCUAUAGAAUAAUAUAUUGUCCUAUAAAAUUGGAACCAUUUUCAUUGUAUGUACAUCGUACAUUUAAGAAAGCAAGAAAUCUACACAAUAUAUAUCUUCUUCUCUGGUUUGUAGGUCACUAAACACUAUGGUCCAUCUCACACUAAAAGAUGUCCAUCCUUCUCAAUAUUCUGCUGAGUCAGACAAGAUAACCAAUACACCGAUUUUAUCUAGGUAAAAGGUGAAAACGAUGACUAAAUAUUGAUUUUGGAUACAGAUAAAAAUAAUUUACAGUUAUUUACUUAUAGAUACCAUAAACAAAUAAUAGAAACGAUAUAUUAAGAAAAUUAUAAUAAUAGUUUGAAGAUAGAGAAGUUUAUUGUUUAAAAUACGUGUAGAAACCGAGAACUCGUAUGCUUGCACUAGGCUCUCCUUACUUGUUUUUGAAGAUGUAAAAUAAAUUUGUAUAGUACAAUACAUAAGAUGAUACAUUUGUAAAUACUACCAACGUGCGUUUAAUCGCACAAAGAAUAAUCUCAAGGUGAACGGACAUUCGUUUGAACAAGUAGAAAAAUUUAAACAUUUGGAAAUAAAUGUAACACUGUUGCGCCGACAGAUUCCUACGGUAUGACGGUUAACCUGACGACUUGUGCCGCGUAGACAACCGGGUGGUGAGGUGGCAAUAUUAAUUUAAAGUGUUGGAAAUUUAAAACUGCGCGCAUGUGUGGUUUAAAAAGGUAAAAGGCGCGCAAGGCCGAUUAUUAUAAAGUGAUUAAAAAACAAAUGUAUGAUAUUAUACGAACCGUGGUGGAAACUUUUUUCCGACACACAGUAACAACAGCAGUAAUGGUGUUUUAUAUACAAAAAGGACUUAUGACUACUGGCUAAUAAACCAGCUGCGAGAUCGAAAGCGAUAACCCACAAUACAAAUUAAAAAGCAUAGUGCGCGGCUGAUAAGUCGCGAUAGCAACGGUACUGAGGCGGCUACUCACAACGAAUCAGGUGAAGGAGACGUGACGGCGCGGCUGCAAGCCGUGGGCACGACCGCGAAAAUCAGGACGAUACCUUUACAGGCACAAUUCGCCGGUAUUGCCGCACACCGCGCGUUACCGUACAAAAGCGAAAGUUGUUAAGUAUGUGUUGACAGCGGUAGGUCACAUCAAUAAUUCUAACGUAAAGGUUUCCAAACUUUUUACGGCACGGCUCGUUUCGGGAAUAGUUUAAAUUUUGGCGACCCGUGAUAACAUUAAUGACCAUUUUUUUUGGUUUAUUACUUCUAUACAGUAUCCUCACGGUCCGAUUUUCUUUCGCGAAAAGAGCAACGGCAAACAAAGGGUGCGUGGUGACCACGAUCAUCCACGACACGAACGAUGGAUUGAAGACGACGGUCAAGAACUAGCCGUAUACGACGACGGCGAAUAA